CCGCCUGCUCGCCGGGGAGCCUCUGUCCCGGGCCUGGCCCGUGCGCGUCCGCCUGCUGAACCUGGGCACCGCCGGCCGCCUGGGCACGGGACUGGGCUGGAGCACUGACCUCGGCCUAGGAGGCCUGGGAUCCCCGAGCCGCCCGCGCCCGCGGGGGCCUGGAAGUCGCACGCCCUUCCUGAACCUGUGCCCCUCGCCGAUCCUCGGCGGUGCGAGGCCAGGUGCCCCCCUCUUUCCCUCCCUUCUUUCCCUCCCCCACUCCGGUGCCCGCUGGAGGUCCCGCCCGCCCGCCCCCUCCGGCAGGGGUGUAGCCGGCUGCGGAGCUGACACCGGCUCCGCGGCCACCCUGUCCAAACUCUCCGGAAGCGGCCCGAGCCGACCGGGUGCUCAGGCCGUCGCAGCUCCGGCGGACCCACUGUUGGACCCGAGGCGCCGGCCCUCCUCCCAAGCCCAAACUUGGAGCACUUGACCUUUGGCUGUCUGAGGAGGCGGACUCGAGGGUGGCUGGACAGCUGCGGCGCCUCGAGGGCAUCUUGCCUGGGGUUCCAGGACCGUCAGCUGCACUCCCGGGCUCCCGGCUUUGCCUCUGGGAUCCUGAGGUGUCCACAUCAGGCGCAUGUUGACUGAGACCUGGAGUCAUGGAUGUGUGCGCCCGUCUUGCCCUGUGGCUCCUCUGGGGGCUUCUCCUGCAUCACGGCCAGAGCCUCAGCCAAAGCCACAGCGAGAAGACGACAGGAACCGGCUCGGGGGCCAGUUCUGAGGAGUCCACUGCAGCAGAGUUUUGCCGGAUUGACAAGCCCCUGUGCCACAGUGAGGAUGAGAAGCUCAGCUUUGAUGCAGUCCGCAGCAUCCACAAGCUGAUGGAUGAUGAUGCCAAUGGUGAUGUGGAUGUGGAAGAAAGUGAUGAGUUCCUGAGGGAAGACCUCAAUUACCACGACCCAACGGUGAAACACAGCACCUUCCACGGUGAGGAUAAACUCAUCAGCGUAGAGGACUUGUGGAAGGCAUGGAAGUCUUCAGAAGUGUACAACUGGACCGUGGAUGAGGUGGUGCAGUGGCUGAUCACAUAUGUGGAGCUGCCUCAGUAUGAGGAGACAUUCCGGAAGCUGCAGCUCAGUGGCCAUGCCAUGCCGAGGCUCGCUGUAACCAACACCACCAUGACAGGGACUGUGCUAAAGAUGACAGACCGGAGCCAUCGGCAGAAGCUGCAGCUGAAGGCCCUGGACACAGUGCUCUUUGGGCCUCCUCUCUUGACCCGCCAUAAUCACCUCAAGGACUUCAUGCUUGUGGUGUCUAUCGUUAUUGGUGUGGGCGGCUGCUGGUUUGCUUAUAUCCAGAACCGUUACUCCAAGGAGCACAUGAAGAAGAUGAUGAAGGAUCUGGAGGGCUUACACCGAGCUGAGCAGAGUCUGCACGACCUUCAGGAAAGGCUGCACAAAGCCCAGGAGGAGCACCGCACAGUGGAAGUGGAGAAGGUACACCUGGAGAAGAAGCUGCGUGAUGAGAUCAGCCUUGCCAAGCAGGAAGCCCAGCGGCUGAAGGAGCUGCGGGAGGGUACUGAGAAUGAACGGAGCCGCCAAAAAUAUGCUGAGGAGGAGUUGGAGCAGGUCCGGGAGGCCUUGAGGAAAGCAGAGAAGGAGCUGGAAUCACAUAGCUCAUGGUAUGCUCCAGAGGCCCUUCAGAAGUGGCUGCAGCUAACACAUGAGGUGGAGGUACAGUACUACAACAUCAAGAAGCAAAAUGCCGAGAAGCAGCUGCUGGUGGCCAAGGAGGGGGCUGAGAAGAUAAAAAAGAAGAGAAACACACUCUUUGGCACCUUCCACGUGGCCCACAGCUCUUCCCUGGAUGAUGUGGAUCACAAAAUCUUAACAGCUAAGCAAGCUCUGAGCGAGGUGACGGCAGCACUGCGGGAACGCCUGCACCGCUGGCAACAGAUCGAGAUCCUCUGUGGCUUCCAGAUUGUCAAUAACCCUGGCAUCCACUCCCUGGUAGCUGCCCUCAACAUAGAUCCCAGCUGGAUGGGUAGUACGCGCCCCAACCCUGCCCACUUCAUCAUGACUGACGAUGUGGAUGACAUGGAUGAGGAGAUUGUGUCACCCUUGUCCAUGCAGUAUGCUGCCUGGCUGAUGGGGCGUAGGUUCAGUGACCGCUCUCUCUGCUCAACAUCCGCCGGCUCGGAUGAUCAGUCCCUCUGGAAAUACCCGGCCCCCAGCCUGCAGAGCAGCAGCGUCCGGCAGCGCCUGACGGAACCACAGCAUGGCCUGGGAUCUCAGAGGGAUUUGACCCAUUCCGAUUCGGAGUCCUCCCUCCACAUGAGUGACCGCCAGCGUCUGGUCCUCAAGCCUCCUCAGAUGGUCCGUGCUGCAGAUGAAGCUCUCAGUGCCAUGACUUCCAACGGCAGCCACCGGCUGAUUGAGGGCGUCCAUCCCAGCUCUCUGGUGGAGAAACUGCCUGACAGCCCUGCCCUGGCCAAGAAGGCACUGCUGGCACUGAACCACGGGCUGGACAAGGCCCACAGCCUGAUGGAGCUGAGCUCCCCAGCCCCACCUAGUGGUUCUCCACAUUUGGAUUCUUCCCGUUCUCACAGCCCCAGUUCCCCAGACCCAGACACGCCGUCUCCAGCUGGGGACAGCAGAGCCCUGCAGGCUAGCCGAAAUACACGAAUUCCCCACCUGGCUGGCAAGAAGGCCGUGGCUGAGGAGGAUAAUGGCUCCAUUGGUGAGGAGACAGACUCCAGCCCAGGCCGGAAGAAGUUUCCCCUCAAAAUCUUUAAGAAGCCUCUUAAGAAGUAGGCAGGAUGAGGGUGGCAGUUGUGGGACAGCUUGUCCUCACCUGGUCUUCUGCCUCCCCUUCCCUCCCUUCCAAGAUACUUGGCCCCCAGCAUGGGGCAUGGGAGGGGCUGGCCCUGGGGCCUGGGCACUGUACAUACUUGCCCCCCGUAUCCUUGGGUCCUUCAACAUUAUUUAUUAACUGACCACCGUGGCCUGCCUGCCCUGCCUCCCUCCCAACCAUGGGCUGCUGCUGACACUCCCUCUCCACUUCAGCGCAUGUCUUAGUUGCUGUCCCCUCAGCUCUCAGUCCACCUCUGGGGUCCAGCUUCUGUCUCUGCUGUCCCAGUUUUGAGGUUUGGUUUCUUGUUUCUCUCUGUCUCCUGCUUUCGGGCUCCUCCCUCCCACCACUCCCCAACUUCCCCUAGAGGCUAGCGGGGAAGAGAGGGGGAGUAACUUCUGACACCUGUGCCUCAGAUCUCUUCCACCCCACCGACCAUGGUUCUGUUUGCCCCACACUGGGGCCUAGGACCUAAUAUUUGCGGUUUGCUCUCUGAGAGUGUGGUGGGCCAGAGGGAACCUCGGCCUGGAGCUCACUGAGGCCUCCAGGGGUCCAUGGGGGAGCGAAACCAAUUCCCAGAGAACAAGCCACUAGAGUUCUGAGGAGAGGCUAGGCUAGGGGAUAGAUCGGACGAGACUUCUCCUAGUUGGAGGAUGAGUGGAAGCCAGAGAUGUGGGCUACAAGGCAGUCAUCUUUUCUCCUCUCACCCACACCUGCCUUUCUCUUAUCCCCGCUCCCCCACCCUGCAGGAGGGUUUGUCUAUAAGAGGUGCUGCCCAAAUGCUCCCCAAGCCUCAUUACUCCUGAGGCUCAGGACACUGGGCUCCCAUGGCCGUGGGAGCCUCAGCUAUGAUACAGGGCUCUAAUGGGGCCUUGGAGCUGUUGGGCAGGAUGUUGUUACAUUUGACAGUUUAAAGUUGAAAAAUGAAAUCUCCUGAAUUUCCCAAGUGCCUGCACCGCAUACUUGCCCUGUCAGACCCCAAUUUCAUGUUUCUGCAUAGCCUGGGCCAGAGGCUCAAGAAGGACACAGCCGGUUUAGGGAAGGGGGUGGCUAAGGAAGAUGGUGUAGGUCAAGGUGGCUGUGUGACCACUCCCCCGCCCUUCCCACCCUCUAGACAACUCUCUCCCUUCCCUGUUUUUGCAAUGGCUGUAAAGGUAUUUUCCCUCUGCCCCACUCCCUGCCGUGUCUUUACUCUGGGAUCCUAUUUUGGGCCUGGGGUGGGGGCACCUGGGGCUGGUCUUGGGAGGGUGCUAGGCUGCAGACUGCCUUGUACCCCCUGGACACCCUCACAUGGGUUUUUCUGUGUUAUUUCAUAAGACUCUUUGAAGUCCAAUAAAGCAUGU